CGGCGAACUGCGUCAUCAUUUGGGGCCCUGGAACCUGCGGGAAAGUGUCAAGGAGGUGGAUUGUAGGCUAAUUUUGGCUUGGCUCGUUAAACAGAUACCGAUUAAAGAAACUCAGCGGGGUUUUGGAUGUUUCUAUAAGGUGCUUUGGUGCUUUCUGUCUCUGAGGUCCAGCAGUGCAGUUGGUUGCCAUGGCGUCUCCAGGGGGACAAGGAGGAGGAGCUCUGUCAAUGAGAGGCGGAAGCAGCGCCAGGAGGAUGAAGUGGGCUCUGGAGCUGAACUUGGGCAACACCAGGAGUCGCAGUGACCGGCAGGGCGGUCAGGGAGACGUGGUUUACCCCAUCGGCUAUUCUGAGAAACCUGUCCCCGACACCAGCAUCCAGGAGACGGACAAGAACCUGGUGGAGAAGCGCUGCUGGGACGUGGCGCUCGGGCCCUUGAAACAGAUCCCCAUGAACCUGUUCAUCAUGUACAUGUCGGGCAACACCAUCUCCAUCUUCCCCAUCAUGAUGGUGUGCAUGAUGGCCUGGAGGCCCAUCCAGGCUCUCAUGUCCAUGUCUGCCACCUUCAAGCUGCUGGAGAGCUCCAGCCAGCAGUGGCUCCAGGGACUCGUCUACCUGAUCGGAAACCUUCUGGGCUCGGCGUUGGCCAUCUACAAGUGUCAGUCGAUGGGCCUGCUCCCAACACACUCGUCUGAUUGGCUGGCAUUCAUAGAUCCACCGCAGCGGAUGGAGAUCAUGGGAGGAGGGAUGGUGUUGUGAAGAGGACCACGUGUGCACGCAAAGGAUUGAGCUGUUGACCUUCAGAGGUUAGAUACUGUACAUACUCCACCGAGGCCGCCCGUCACAGCUGAGAUGGAAGAAAAUCCAGCCAGCUGGCUUUUUCCUGUCCUCAGCAGAUCCAGACUCCACCGCAGCAGUUAAAACAGCUACGCCAGGGUUUUAUUACACACACAUACGCACACACACACACACACACACACACACACUUAUAAUUUGCCUUUUAUCAGAGAAAUGUUACUUCCGCCAGCUGCUCUGCUUGUGUUUGUCAUCACCUCUGCUGCUGUUCUUUUCUUAAAGUCUCUUCAUAACAUCUUCAAAGCCAGCGGAUCAUCAUAUUUACUACUGUUGUACUACUGUAAUUAUAUUUCCACAUGAAAUUAACUUCACGUGUUCACAAUACAAGGUUAUUUGUGAGGUUUUUUUUUUUGUUUGUUUGUUUUUUGCAGGGUAAUCAUCACUAAAAGCAGAACAUUAUCUAUAAUUCCUGAAACUUGUGAAGCAUUUCUGAUGAAGUUUCUGUUCAGUAGAAUACUCCCCCCCCCCCCCCCCCCCCCCAUCUGUCAUUCAGUUUGUUGUGCACGCUUAAUUUUCUCAGCAUGAAUUCAACAUUGCUACACAGCAGCAUUUACUGACCUGUUUUAAUUUAUAGGUCUGUUUAAUUUAUGCAGAUUUUUUUUUUUUCCCCUUUGUAAAUGUUCUAUGAAAUAAAGCCUUAUUGGUUGAGUUCA